GGUCACUUACCAGUUGCCAUCAUGGGCAAAAGAGACUCAGUCUGGGGAAAUUAACUUAAUGUACUGCUGAUUUAAAAUAAGUUUGGAUAGUGAGAAGCAACAAAAAAUGAAAAUAACUCCUUUCCCCUGGCCCUUCCUUCUUCCCAGGCUCAACUUUAUUCUUUUAUACCUGACUCCUUGGCCUCUGCCACCCAAGGUGAUGGGGAAAGGGGUAGGGGUCCAUCCAUAAAAACUCCUCUCUGCUGCUCCUCAGCACACAUCUUUCCUGAUGUGUUCUUCCAUGGGCUGUAACCCUUCAUGACCAACUUGCCUAUGUGAGGGGUCUUCAGAGGCUGCAUUGUGGCUGCUCCACCGCAGUCCUCUCCACGGGCUGCUGGGGAAUUUCUGCUUUGGUGCCUGGAGCCCCUCCUCCUCUCUGCUCUCACCUUCAUGCCCACAGGGUUGGUUUGGGGUUUUUUUUUGAAGGUUUAUCUCACAAUUUUUUCCCUCACCACCAUUUGUGCCCUUCCUUACACACGCUGCCCCCGAAGCACGCCCUGCCCAGGGCAGUUGGAUCUGGCUGGAACCGGUUGUGUCCAGCUGGAACCGGCUGUGUCUGGCUGGAGCCGGCUGUGUCUGGCUGGAGCCGGCUGUGUCUGGCUGGAACCGGCUGUGUCUGGCUGGGGCAGCCCCGGCUCCCCUCACAGAGCUGCUGCUGCUGCCAGGGCUGGACACCCGCAGCCUGUGCGGUGCUUUUUUCCUUGAAUGUUUAAAACAGAAAGUUUGUAAUUUAUCUGAUUAUGGAUGGAGCAGCAGUUUAAAAAGCCCCUGCUCAUAUGAAUGGGGUGCAGCUUUACACUCUCAAAUUAAAGCUUAAAAACCUCCAAGGAAGGAAAGGAGGCCAGAUUGGAGGGGGAGGAGGUGAGAGGAAGGAAACGGGUGGAGAAAACCACUAUAUUCCCAAGAUGCAAGGAAAGUUGAAAAGUAGAAGAAAAAAUAUAUUAAAUCAGUGUAAACUAAGAGAGUCACAGUGCACACUCUGUGGGGAGCCUGAAGAUUUGGAUUCUCUAACAGGGCAUGCAUUUCCAGAAGAAGAGGGUGGCGAUCUGCUCAAGUCGAGCUUCAGUUUUCCAGGGACGCCAGAGGAGGAGCUAGACCAGCAGUACUCAUGGUCGCCUUCUCAGCACUUCAAUGAAGAAAGAUACUCUCCUGCUCCGAGGAAUAUGAAAGGAUUAUCUGGUAGUCGCAAUCAACCACAGUUAUGUUCAGCUCAUACUUGUGGCUUAGCAUCCCCUGAAGAUUGUGAACAUACCCACGACCAUAUCCACCAUGGGCAGGAGCCAAGGCCAUCGUAUCUUCUCAGCCCCACAGAGAGUUGCCCGCUGGACCACCACCGUUGCUCCCCACGCAGCUCCAUUCAUUCUGAGUGCAUGAUGAUGCCCAUGGUAAUGGGCGAUCACAUGUCAAGUAGCACUUUCCCCAGAAUGCACUACAGCUCUCAUUACGACUCAAGAGACGACUGCGCCAUGUCUCACGGUAACCCUAAGAUUAACCGUAUUCCUGCAAAUCUUUUGGACCAAUUUGAGAAACAGCUUCCUCUUCACCGGGAUGGGUUUCAUACUUUACAGUACCAGCGGACCUCAACAGCUGCGGAACAGCGCAGUGAGAGCCCGGGAAGGAUUCGCCAUCUCGUUCAUUCUGUCCAGAAACUUUUUACUAAAUCUCAUUCUCUGGAAGGAUCAUCCAAGGGCAAUGUUAAUGGAACAAAGGGAGACAGUCGAGGGGACGAUCAUCAUCAUGGGCACCAUUCCAAGCAUAGCAAAAGGAGUAAAAGUAAGGAGCGAAAACCAGAAGGCAAGCAUAAAUCUGGAAUGAGUAGCUGGUGGAGCUCUGAUGAUAAUUUGGACAGUGAUAGCACUUACCGAACCCCUAGUGUGGUAAAUAGGCACCAUGCAGAUCAUAUAUCCCAUUGCUAUCCUGAGGCACUCCAGGGGCAUUUUGGGGAUCUCUCAUUGAAGACUUCCAAAAGUAACAAUGAUGUGAAGUGUUCGGCUUGUGAAGGGCUACCAAUGACCCCUGAUAGUAAAUACAUGAAAAGGAGUUCUUGGUCCACGCUUACAGUAAGUCAGGCUAAAGAAGCUUAUCGCAAAUCAUCACUGAACUUAGAUAAGCCUCUGGUUCAUCAGGAAAUCAAACCUUCCUUGAGGCCGUGCCAUUACCUUCAGGUACCUCAGGAUGAAUGGGGAGGAUACCCAGCUGGUGGGAAAGAUGACGAGAUCCCGUGCAGAAGAAUGAGAAGUGGAAGCUAUAUUAAGGCCAUGGGAGAUGAAGAAAGUGGAGAUUCUGAUACUAGCCCCAAGACAUCACCAAAAUUAUCAGUUCGACCAGAGUCAUUAUUAAAAUCCAUUGGGCAAAGACCACUUGGAGAUCAUCAAAAUCAGAGCUACCUUCAAACUGCAAGUGACGUGCCUGGGGGUCACAACCUGGAUCCCUCUGCAAACUACAAUUCCCCAAAGUUUCGCUCAAGGAAUCAGAGCUAUAUGAGAGCAGUGAGCACGCUCAGUCAGGCCAGCUGUGUUAGUCAGAUGAGUGAAGCAGAGGUUAAUGGACAAUUUGAAUCGGUGUGUGAAUCAGUGUUUAGUGAAGUUGAAGCUCAGGCAAUGGAUGCCCUUGACCUCCCUGGAUGUUUCCGGACAAGAAGCCACAGUUACUUGCGUGCCAUUCAGGCAGGCUAUUCCCAAGAUGAUGAAUGUAUACCUGCGCUGACAUCUUCCAACAUCACCUCCACCAUCAGGUCAACCACAGCUGUAACUUAUACAAGUUACAAAAAAACACCACCACCAGUACCCCCUCGCACCACUUCCAAGCCACUGAUCUCGGUCACGGCACAGAGCAGCACAGAAUCCACCCAGGAUGCGUACCACGACAGCCGGACUCAGAGGAUAUCCCCGUGGCCGCAGGAUGGGCGAGGGAUGUACAACUCCACCGACAGCCUGGACAGCAACAAGGCCAUGAACCUCGCCCUGGAGACAGCGGCUGCCCAGCGCCACGCGGCCGAGAGUCAGAGCGCCUCCAUACGGACCAGUGACAAGGCCAUCCUUGUGACAAAAGCAGAGGAGUUCCUUAAGAGUCGUCGUUCUUCUAUAGGGAUCCAGGUGGAAACAGCAACUGAUUCAGAUACUGAAAGCAGAGGCCUACGGGAAUACCACUCUGUUGGAAUUCAAGUGGAAGAUGAAAAACGACAUGGACGAUUCAAGCGCUCGAACAGUGUAACAGCAGCUGUCCAGGCUGACCUGGAACUGGAGGGUUUUCCAGGACACAUCACCAUGGAGGAUAAGGGACUUCAGUUUGGCUCAUCAUUCCAGCAGCACUCAGAGCCCAGCACACCCACCCAAUAUAGUGCAGUGAGAACUGUACGGACACAGGGACUGUUCAGUUACAGAGAAGAUUAUAGGACCCCAGUUGACACCUCAAACCUUCCACCACCAGAACCCUGGCUGGAGCCAGCCAUUGAGACAGUAGAGACUGGUCGAAUGUCUCCUUGUCGACGGGACGGAUCUUGGUUUAUGAAGUUACUACACACUGAAACUAAGAGAAUGGAAGGAUGGUGCAAAGAAAUGGAAAGAGAAGCAGAAGAAAAUGAUCUUUCUGAAGAAAUCCUAGGUAAGAUCCGAAGUGCAGUUGGAAGUGCUCAGCUCCUCAUGUCUCAGAAAUUCCAGCAAUUUUAUUGGCUUUGUCAGCAAAAUCUGGACCCGAGUGCCAUGCCAAGACCAACUUCCCAGGACCUUGCAGGUUUCUGGGACUUACUGCAGCUCUCAAUUGAAGACGUCAGCAUGAAGUUUGAUGAACUGCACCAGUUGAAACUCAAUGAAUGGAAAAUAAUAGAAUCACCUGAAAGGAAGGAAGAAAGAAAGAUUCCUCCUCCUGUACCAAAGAAGCCCCCAAAAGGAAAAUUCCCUAUCACAAGAGAAAAAUCUCUGGACCUACCUGACAGACAACGACAAGAAGCUAGAAGACGGCUGAUGGCUGCCAAGAGAGCAGCCUCUUUCCGGCAGAAUUCAGCCACAGAGCGUGCAGACAGCAUUGAGAUCUAUAUCCCAGAGGCUCAAACCCGGCUUUAAAGACAGAAUGCUGCAGAGUUCCUUUUUUUAAACAAAAUGCUUGUACAGUUUGUCACUUACCUGGUAAUUUUUGUCUCAUUCUCUCCACUAAAUAUGCCCUUGAUGUUGUGUUCUUUGUGCCAUAAGCACAGUGGAAUGCUUUUGAUUUCCUCAGAAUUUGCUGAGCUCACCGCAAGAACGACUUCUUUUUGUAUUUAUUGUCUGACUUACAAUCAGCUACAAUGGAUAGGGCUUGUCAAGACCUGACUUAUCCAAUAUAUUCUCAGAGGACAACAAGAAACACCUCUUGAGAUGGAACCCAGCUUACUUUUUGUUAUUUAUAUUUUUAUAAAAUGUGUGAUAAUUAGGGAUAAGAAUAACAAACUAUAAAUGGGUGCAUCUCACCAUUCACUAGAGGCAUUAGCUAAUCCAAGUAGAAGGUGCUACAAAUGUAAAGAGCAGGAAAGAAAGAACCCAUUUAUCUCCUUGACCUUCAGUUUCUUUUCCUAGAAUCCAGCUAACAUAUUUACCCAUGCGCUCUGCCACUCUUCUCAUCUUUGUUACUGCAAAAUAACAUUAGGCCUCUCAUCUUAUUCGAGUUUCUGGAGAUGAACAGGGAUAUACAGCCACUAAAACUCCAAAGUUCAUCAGAAACCAAGAAGCAUACAAGUCUGGUGAUGGUGGGAAUAUCCACUAAGAAACGUUUGCUGUUAGCAGUAUAACGACACUCUGAAACCUAAGCAAAAUUGUAAUGCAAGAGAACUUGAGUGAUGGGUGAAAGGAAAACAGAAGCCUUAAAAAGUUAGAUCUUCUGUAGUAAGAUGAGUAAAGAAAAAGUUAUACUCGCUCCUUUGGACCAUUCAUUGCAUUUUUAACAGUUCUUUUACAUGUUAAUAUUUAUUUUAUAAACCUUCUCUCUUUCAUUUCAAGAGCUGUGCUACAUGUACUAUUUCAAACUCUCAAAUUGUUAUAACAAUUGAGUUUCCAGGGUAUC